CCGGGGGCCGGCUAGCGUGCGGCCGCGCGGCGGCGGCGGCGGCGGCGGCGGCGGCGACUUCCUCCGGGCCGAGCCGGACAGCGCAGGGCCAUGGCCGAGGCGGCCGCGGCUCCGAUUUCUCCAUGGACAAUGGCAGCUACAAUUCAGGCCAUGGAGAGGAAGAUCGAAUCGCAGGCUGCCCGCUUGCUUUCCCUAGAAGGUCGAACCGGGAUGGCCGAGAAGAAGCUGGCCGACUGCGAGAAGACGGCCGUGGAGUUGGGGAACCAGCUGGAGGGCAAGUGGGCGGUGCUGGGGACCCUGCUGCAGGAGUACGGGCUGCUGCAGAGGCGGCUGGAGAACGUGGAGAACCUGCUGAGGAACAGGAACUUCUGGAUCCUGAGGCUGCCCCCGGGCAGCAAGGGCGAGGCCCCCAAGGUGCCCGUGACCUUUGAUGAUGUGGCCGUGUAUUUCUCUGAGCAGGAGUGGGGGAACCUGUCCGAGUGGCAGAAGGAGCUGUACAAGCACGUGAUGCGGGGCAACUACGAGACGCUGGUCUCCCUGGACUAUGCCAUCUCCAAGCCCGAGGUCCUCUCCCAGAUUGAACAGGGGAAGGAGCCGUGCAGCUGGCGUCGCGCUGGCCCCAAGGUUCCAGAUGUUCCUGUGGACCCGAGUCCAGGCUCAGGGCCCCCCGUUCCUGCCCCUGACCUCUUGAUGCAGAUCAAGCAGGAAGGGGAGCUCCAGCUCCAGGAGCAGCAGGCUCUAGGCGUGGAGGCGUGGGCAGCCGGACAGCCAGACAUCGGGGAGGAGCCGUGGGGCCUCAGCCAGCUGGACUCCGGAGCAGGAGACGUCUCUACCGACGCUGCCUCUGGCGUCCACUCCAACUUCUCAACCACUAUCCCGCCCACCUCCUGGCAGGCGGAUCUCCCCCCUCACCAUCCCUCCUCCGCCUGCUCAGACGGGACGCUGAAGCUCAGCACGGCCGCCUCCACGGAAGCAGAUGUAAAGAUUGUGAUAAAAACUGAAGUCCAGGAAGAGGAGGUAGUGGCCACACCAGUGCAUCCUACUGACCUAGAAGCCCACGCGACCCUGUUCGGACCAGGCCAAGCCACAAGGUUCUUCCCUAGUCCUGUCCAGGAAGGAGCCUGGGAGAGCCAGGGCAGCUCCUUCCCCAGCCAGGACCCCGUGCUGGGGCUGAGAGAGCCCGCCCGGCCCGAGCGCGAGCUGGGCGAGCCCAGCCCCGCGGUGACCCAGGACGAGACCCCUCCAGGGGACUGGCUCUUCGGGGGGGUCCGGUGGGGCUGGAAUUUCAGGUGUAAGCCUCCCGCGAGCCUGAACCCGAGGACCGGGCCUGAGGGUCUGGCCUACUCCUCGCCCGACAACGGAGAGGCCGUGCUGGACCCCGGCCAGGCCCCGAGACCCUUCAGCGACCCCUGCAAGUACCCCGGCCGGACCAAAGGCUUCGGCCACAAGCCGGGCCUGAAGAAACACCCGGCGGCUCCCCCGGGGGGGCGGCCGUUCACGUGCGCCGCGUGCGGGAAGAGCUUCCAGCUGCAGGUCAGCCUGAGCGCGCACCAGCGCAGUUGCGGGGGGCUGCCCGACGGGGCGCCGGGGGCGGCGGGCGGCGCGCGGGACGGCAGCGGCCUGCGGUGCGGCGAGUGUGGCCGCUGCUUCACGCGGCCGGCGCACCUCAUCCGGCACCGCAUGCUGCACACGGGCGAGCGGCCCUUCCCCUGCACCGAGUGCGAGAAGCGCUUCACCGAGCGCUCCAAGCUCAUCGACCACUACCGCACGCACACGGGCGUGCGGCCCUUCACCUGCACCGUGUGCGGCAAGAGCUUCAUCCGCAAGGACCACCUCCGCAAGCACCAGCGCAACCACGCAGCGGGCGCCAAGCCGGCCCGGGGCCAGCCCCUGCCGCCGCUGCCUGCCGUGCCCCCCGACCCCUUCAAGAGCCCCGCCUCCAAAGGACCCUUGGCCUCCACGGACCUCGUGACCGACUGGACUUGUGGCCUGAGUGUCCUGGGACCCACCGACGGCGGGGACCUGUGAGGCCCCCGCGGGCGACCCCCGCAGGCCCAAGUGUAAAGAGGCGCUUCUCCAGACAGCAGGGUGGUGCGAAAAGCUUCGAGGCGGAACGGAGCCUGGGGGAGAACCAGAUUCCCAGUUGCUGAACCGAUCACUGGAGCGGGAGAAACUACCAGACAACGCAGCUCCCACCUCUAAACAAAGUAGAAUUCUCUGAUUGUGAAACUGAGCAGCAUAGAAUUUUAAGUAAUUUAAUUACGAAACUUUUUUUUUUUUUUCUAAUUCUUGAAGAGAAAGCCGUUAAAUAGUAGUAGCAGCAGUUUAAACUUCGUAGUGUACCUUUGGUUUCUGGAGUGCGUGUGUGUGCUGUGGGCUGUGUCCUUACCAAGUCUGACAGAGGGUGCGACGGAAGCUUGGCUGGCCGGGGACGCGGGCGAGGAGGGACCUGGACCUCCCUGGCCUCAGUGACCCCUAGGGAUGGGCCGGUCUCUGCACACAGUCCCAGGGGAGCGGAGACCGGGCUCUGCCCAGGGCCAGGCUGGGAAGUAAGGCCAGCCGGGCGCCGUGGAAGCCCAGCCUCAGCUCGCGGGCAGGAGGACUGAGGAGCAGUAGCCCAGCGUCUCUCAGCACCUGCCUUUCAUCUGCGAAGGCUCUGCGCCAAGUGCCCGCCGUGCGCAGGCGCUCUGCCGCUCCCCCCCCCCCCCCCCGCCCCGCCCCGUGACUCCUGGGCCUCGUAAAGGAGAGCUGUCCGGAAGCACCGUUAGGGAUGCAGGCGUGAGGCAGGGGCUGCAGAAGCAGGGCCGGGAACAGAGCCUCACCUGCCGACCCCCACAGGGGAGGGGCUGCCCUCUGCUCCUGCCAGAUGCUCGUUUCCUUUUCUCUUGGUGUGGUGUGUGUUCUCGCUGUCCAGACGCUUUCACAUGGAACCUCAUUUGAUCGUUACUGUGCCCUAGUGAAGCACGCCGGACGAGCAUCCUUUCCUGUGAGAGAUGAGGCAAUAAGCUACUCAGAGGGGACCCAUCUCAGCCUCGCACCCCGUGUGCACGAUGAGUGCAGACACUUGGGAAGAGGCUCAGGUCAGACUUGGCUCAUCCUUCUGGAGCAUCAGUUUGGGGGAGGAAAGCUUUUCAUUUUGCCCUUUUAGAAGGUUUGCCCCACAUCUGCCUGAGCAAAAUCAUCAGGCCUCAAGCUUUAGCCAAGUGGCAGCCUUGGCGGCCGGUGGGCGCUCACCCCCGGGAGGGGUCGGGGUUGAGGGGCUGGGCCAGGGGCAGGGCUUGCUCGUUCCCUGGCUGACAUCUUGAAGGUGGAAUUAGAAAUGGGCCAAGGUUUCUUGAUUCCACCCCAAUGCUGUCUCUGCCACACGACUAUCCAUUCCCGUUUUGUUGAAGCAGACGCUGGUUCCUUGUCCUCUGGGGAACUUGUUUCCCGAGGGGGGAGACCGUCACUUCUGUUCAUUCAGCUCCCUUGUGCGUACUUUUAUUAGGCAAUAGACUAGUUAAGAAGAUUGUUUCUAUGUACUGUAUAUUUUGUACCAGUUUACACUUCUAAUAUUGAUAUAACUGAUAUUUUGAGAAACAAAUGAAGAGGAGACCUCCUGUUAAAAUAAAACCUAACCAGCACCGAG